AUGACGAGUCUACCCCACGAAGAGUAUUACCACCAAGCCGUGGACGUGAAAACGCCGCUGCACGAGUUCGAGGCCGAGAUUCCGCAGUCUAUCCUGGACCAAAUCCAGGAAAACCGCGUCGUGAUAUAUUCGUCCCUCCUCUUCCUCGAAGGCUCGGUCAUGUGGGCCUUCUACUCGUGCUUGACGGCCCAAGACUACUACAAGAGCGCGUUUCCCGACGUCAAGUUUGCGUUUUUGACAACACCGGUCCUGACGUGGCCCCUCACGAUCGGCCACCUCGUGCAAAUGUGGUUUGGCUUGGACCGGUCGCUCGGCAACAUGAAGCGCGUCCUCCUCGGCUACACCAUCUUUGGUCUCGCAAGCGUCCUCAUCAUCGUGCAAGGCUAUCUCGACAUGAGCCAGACCAACGGCGCCACCAUGGUCUUGAUCUGCUUUGGGUUUGUCGGCGCCGCCCACUCGCUCACCGAGCCGGCCUACUACAACGUCGCCGCGCUCUUCCCCGACGCGCACUUUACGAAUGCGAUCCAGGUCGGCAACGUCACGGCCGGUGUCCUCAACGUUGUGUUGGCGGCUCUCAUUCACUUGUGUGUCGGCGGCGUCCACGACUCCGACCCCGCGGGCAGCGUCAAAAUCUCGUUCUUCAUCUUCAUGGCGCUCCUCUUGCUCGUCGCGAUCGGCGCCGUCCUCGUCUACCGCCACCUUGAGCGCAUUCCGUGCGUGCGCUACCUCCUCGAUCGCGCGACUUCCGACCACCUCAAGCACGGAGACGUGUCGCUCCCGACCCUCUGGGCCAAGUUUGUCCGCGUCGGAAGAGUCAUCGUCGUGCCCAUGCUUGCUCAGUUUAUGCUCUUCUUUUGCAGCAUGUCGCUGUACCCUGGCAUCGGUAUCGCGUCCACGGUGCAGGCCACCGACAUCAUCACGUCGUCGUCGGGGCCGUGGGUCAUCUCGCCGGGCGUCACGACGCCCUUCAACGUCGGCGACCUCAUCGGGCGACUGGCAUCGACGAACCUUGUCGCGGGGUAUUUUUCAAUGCGGACGUGCUUGAUCGCGUCGCUUUUGCGCUGGUUGUGCCUCCCGUUGCUGCUCCUGACGCUUCUCUCGAGCUCGCUCUAUGCGUUUGGCGACGCGCACUGGAGCGCGUACGCCUUUGUGCUCGUGCUUUACUUUCUCAUGGGCGUCACCGGCGGCCUCUUCUCGACCAUCACGAUUGGGAAGGCGCCGCUCUUCGUACCGCAAGAAGACCGUGAAGCCGCUGCCGCGCUUAUGGUCAUGGCGCUCUUCCUCGGUCUCUCGUCGGGUUCGACCUUGGGCUGGGGCAUGAGCAACGACCAUUGGUUUGGCUUAUAAGUAGAACUAAAUGCCGUUCUGGCCUUUGUGCGGGUCCGACAUUUGAGUUACGUUCGUAUCUUUAAUCCAUAAAUUGAGUCGAAG